AUUGACAUCAAAGUGUUUUUUCCGUCGGAAAAACAAACAUUAGUAUGGAGGGGAAGAGAGGACCAGAGAAUAAUAACCAGCAGAGGGAGCCGAAGGUACGAGAUCAAAACCGGUAUAGAGGGAUUCGGAGGCGGCCGUGGGGUAAGUUUGCAGCUGAAAUUCGUGACCCUUCGAGAAAUGGAGCACGGCUAUGGUUAGGCACAUUUGAGACAGCUGAGGAGGCAGCAAGGGCUUAUGAUCGAGCUGCUUUUGGCUUUCGAGGCCAUUUAGCCAUACUCAACUUUCCAAAUGACUACCAACAUCACAACCCUUCAAGCUCUUUGAGCACUUUAUCCUCGUCUUCAUCUUCUGCUUCUUCGUCAUCUUUAUUUCCGGGCGUUGACCCUGGAAGGAGUAUUAAUUUUGGAAGAGUCCAAGAAGAAGACGAAGUUAUUGAGUUUGAGUAUUUGGACAACAAUCUCUUGGAGGACCUUCUUGAUACAAAAGAAGAUCAUCAUAGGCAGAGGCAACCAACACAAUAAGGAAAGAAUUCACUGAUAUUUAGCGGGUUUUUCCUAUUUAACUCUUUACCCCCAAAAAAUUGAAAAUAAGGGGUACUUUUAAUUUGCAUCAUCUGAAUUUGUUCCAUAGUCUCCAACUGUUGCUGUUGAUUUUUUUUUCGAAGAAAUUAUUAUUUGGUUGAUUUAAUUCGGAGUACAAUCAUAAUCUUGAAAGAUGAGAUAUUGAAUAGUCUUAAGAAGAUUGUAGUGUCAAACUAAUGCGCUGCCCAAUUGAUAAAGCAGGGGUUUUGCUAACCGAUGCAUUGCAAAUUUUCAUCUUAGACAAAGGACUGAGAACCCCUUGUUCCUAUGG